GAAACCACACAGAAAUAUCAGAAUUCCUCCUCCUGGGUCUCUCAGAGGAUCCUGAACUGCAGCCCCUGCUCUGUGGACUGUUCCCGUUAAUGUACUGUUAAUGGUCACUGUUCUUGGGAACCUGUUCGUUAUCCUGGUCAUUAGCUCUGACUCCCACCUCCACACUCCCAUGUACUUCUUCCUCUCCAACUUGUCAUUCAUAGACAUCUGCUUCAUCUCCACCACCAUCCUGAAGAUGUUAGUGAACAUCCAGGCACAGAACAAAGACAUUUCCUACAAAGAAUGUCUCACUCAGAAGCUCGAUCACUUCAGUGAUGUACACCGUGGUGACCCCCAUGCUGAACCCCUUCAUCUAAAGCCAGAGGAACAAGGAUGUGAAGGGGGCCCUGGGAAGGCUCCUCAGCCAAGCAGCCUCGUCUCGAUGGUAUUCCAUUGGCCUCGGAACUAA